GAACUCGUCUUAUCAAUCACCAAUGAUUUAGAACUCGAUUCCGCCGCAAAAAAACUCUCCGUCCAAGAACCCGCCUUUUCAAUAACUGAAUCUGUUAAUAUUAUUGAACAUGAUAUUGGCGAAGGAAACAAUCAAAAAUCAGUUAUAUCUUCUGAAAUCACGACCGUCCAGGAACCCGACUUCACAAACACCGAUGAUUUAGAACCCGAUACCGCAGCCAAAAGCAUAUUCGUCCAAGAACACGUCUUUUCAAUAAUUGAAACUGUUGAUAUCAUAGAACAUGAUAUUGACGAAGAAAACAAUCAAAAACCAGUUAUAUCUUCUGAAAUCACGUCCGUCCAGAACCCGCCCCCACAAAUUAUUGCGUCGAAAUGCCGCAACACCGAAAUACCGAACUUUGGCGCCCGUGAUAUCCACUUGCACCUGGAUAAGGAAAAACAUCAUUAA